AUGGAAUUGAAUGUAAUUGCAUUAGUGGGCAGUAUAAUAUCUUAUUUAAUUCCAGGGUUUUCACAAAUUUAUCUGUCGAUAAUUAAAAAGGAUAUGGACGCAACAAUGGAAAGCAUUCCUAUAGUGGUCACAUUAUCUACAUCCGCAGUAAAAUUAAUAAACCAUAGAAUUCACAAGAAGAAUUUCGACAGAUUAUUCGAUCUUAUAAAGGAAGAAUGGCACUUAGAAAAGCAUAAGAAUCAUGCUACUAUACUCGAUGAAAUUACUAAGGAAGGAAAUAUCUUGGGUGGAUCAUAUAGAACUAUUUUGUUCACGUUCAUGCUAAUAUUUUUAUUCCUUCCGUUGUUUCCUUUGGUUUUGGACAUUAUUAUACCACUGAAUGAAACACGUCCACGACAACAACUAUUUAAAAUGCAUUAUUUUAUAGACGAAGACCAAUACUUUUAUCCUAUAUAUUUUCAUUCGGCUUGGUGCUCGUUCGUAAUCGUGACAAUUAUCGUUACUAUAGAUUCCUUAUACAUGCUCAUCUUCUAUCAUGCCUCUGCUUUGUUCGCCAUAUGUGGGUACCGGAUUGUAAAAGUAACAGAAAGUAUUAACGAAGGAUUAGAUGGAACUCUGAUGGAACAAAUCAAACAAUGUGUGAUUAUGCAUAACAAAGCCUUACAGUUUUUCGAAAUUAUGGAUGACUGCAGUUGUAACAGUUAUUUUCUCCAAAUUUUAUUGAAUGUAAUCGGCAUAUCUGUAACAGCUGUACAAAUGGUUAUGUACAUACAUCGACCUGAAGAGGCUUUGAGAAUUGCUUUAUUUCUUGUUGCUCAACAAUUUCACUUACUUAUAAUAACGCUACCUGGGCAGGUGAUCGCGGAUCAAAGUUCAGAAUUAUUCACUGAUAUAUACUGUUCAUCAUGGUACCGGAUGCCGAUAAGUAUUCAAAAGACGCUUUACACUAUACAAAUACGAUCUAGGAGGCAAUGCAAAUUGACAGCAGGAGGAUUAUACGAAAUGAAUAUCGAGAAAUUUGGUGUGGCAUUGAAAACAUGCGUGUCGUACUUUACGGUGCUCCUGUCAUUAAGUGACUUGUUUCAGAAUAAUAAAAGUGACGGAGAUACUCUGUUUGAUUUUUCUUAUUACCAAGCAUAUACAAAAUACUUAUUAUUCUUGGGGCAAUAUCCGAGUCAAUCACGAUGGAACGCAGAAUUUAUCGUAUUCGUAUUGGUGACUAGUAUAAUAACUUUCAUAAUUCCAGGGAUUUCGCAAACUUACGUGUCAAUAUUAAAGGAGGAUGUGGAUGCAACGAUGGAAAGCAUACCUAUAAUAAUUACAUUGAUAGCUUGCGCUAUAAAAUUAAUAAAUCAUAGAAUCCACAAGAAAAAUAUCAAUAGAUUACUCGUUCUUAUGAAGGAAGAGUGGGACUUACCAAAGGAUGAGAAACAUACGACUAUACUCGAUGAAAUUACUAAGGAAGGAAAUACCUUGGGUGGAUUGUAUAGAACAGUUUUAUUGAUAUUUCUGAUGCUAUUCUUAUGCCUUCCGUUAUGUCCUGUGGUUUUGGAUAUUAUUAUACCACUGAAUGAAACACGACCACGACAACAACUAUUUAAAGCGUACUAUUUUGUAGACGAAGACCAGUACUUUUAUCCUAUAUAUAUUCAUUCGGCUUGGUGCACGUUCGUAAUCAUAAUAAUUACAUCCACUCUAGAUGCGUUAUACACGCUCAUCUUCUAUCAUGCCUCUGCUUUGUUCGCCAUAUGUGGGUACCGGAUUGUAAAAGUAACAGAAAGUAUUAACGAAGGAUUAGAUGGAACUCUGAUGGAACAAAUCAAACAAUGUGUGAUUAUGCAUAACAAAGCCUUACAGUUUUUCGAAAUCAUGGAUGACUGCAGUCGUAACAGUUACUUUCUCCAAGUUUUGUUGAAUAUAAUCGGCAUAUCUGUAACAGCUGUACAAACCGUUAUGAAUCUGGAUCGACCUGAAGAAGCCUUCAGAAUGGGUAUCUACCUUGUAGGACAGCAAUUCCAUUUGCUGAUUAUAACACUACCUGGGCAGGUUAUCAUAGAUCAAAGUUCAGAAUUAUUCACUGAUUUAUACUGUUCAUCGUGGUACCGAAUGCCGAUAAAUGCUCAAAAGAUGCUUUACACUAUGCAAAUAAGAUCUAAGAGGCCAUGCAAAUUGACAGCAGGAGGUUUAUACGAAAUGAAUAUCCAGAAUUUUGGAGUAGCAUUAAAAACAUGCGUAUCGUACUUUACGGUGCUCCUAUCGUUCGGUAACUGA